AUGGCGAGCACGUUUUAUACCGUCAUCUGGUCCGCCAGACUCUCCAUCCUCUUCUCCAUCAUCCGAAUCGACCCCGACCCCCAAAUUCGCCGGCGACUCCGCUGGAUUGUCGCCAUUUUCAUUUUUGCCAUCUUUUUCUUCCUUGCCCAGCUCAUGUGGGUCUGCGAGCCCGAGCCCGGUUGGAAGGACGAGCGCAGCCCACAGUGCAAGCUGAACAAGGAAGUCGCGAUAUGCCAGCUCGUUUCCGACAUUUUCUCAGAUCUCCUCCUCAUACUCCUCCCCCUUCGUCUCAUCCAUGGCAUCAAAGAUCGUGGUCUCCGCCGACGAUUGAUCUUCAUUUUCUCCACAUCUAUCAUCACGACCAUCGUCUCCCUCGUGCACGCUGCCUACAUCAUCACGGGCGGCGGUAUCAAAGUCAUCAUCUCUGCCCUCGUCGAG